AUGUCUGUCAAACAAGAGCAUCCUUUAAUUGUAAAACCAGAAACAGAAAUAAACAUUAAGAAAAGUAAAAAUGAUGAAGAUUCUGAAAGAACUAAAACUCCAGAUAAUAAAGCUGAAGAAACAAAGACAGUUAACACUGAAACAGAACCAGUUGUUGAAGAGAGGCCAAUUUUUGUGUGCAAAAACUGUAAUCUGACGGAACGAUAUGAUUGUUUUAACGACCAUGUAUCUUUUAAUCGCAAGGUGGGAACAAAAGUUGAUUACUAUUUAGCGAGAGAUCCAUUUUCUCCACGCAGCAAAAGACAAUUUUUAAUCUUAGGAUCGGUAUGUUCUAUGUGUGAUAAAGACGUUUGCAUUAAACCUGAAUGCAGUAUAUUUUAUUCCAAGUUUUUCUGCUCUAUAUGUGCAAGAAAAUAUAUUUCAAAUUUUCCUACUAGUAUUCAAGAAAAAAUCAAAACUACAAAAAGAAUUUAG